CUUAGAUUCAUUGUCAAUUUUAAUUUAAUAUACAUAUUAUUAUUUUUUGAAAUAUUUUAUUUUUACUCAUUAUGCACGAUUUUAAAAAGAUUAUUUCUAAGAGGGAAAUGCCAAGCGAAUUUGAUGAGCCUACAGCUGAUACAGUGGCUCGUAUAGAAAUCAACUCGAAUGUAUUGGGAAUCAUGUUUUUCCGGCAAAAUGUUGUCCAAAUGUGCACAGUCCCAGAGAACAUGGCGCAGACAUUGUCGAGCAAGCUGCCAGCACUAACAUCAACCAUCCAACAUGCAAUUGCAGAAAUUGACGUACUAGACGAGUUGGUCGCGUACCGCGUCAUGACCAACAAGACUGAGAUCAUAGUGGUCGCGGACCGACUCUUUGCCGCUUGCGUCGUGCAGAAACUCCCUAAGAGGAAACAUAUUGAGAAUUAGUUAUACCUACCUACUUACUAAAUACUUAGGACAUCAUAUUUGUACUUUGCUAUGAAGAUAAUUACAAAUCUAUUGAAGGAUUCACACGAUGAGUGGCUUGUUCAAACUACAGCGUCUCUGAACAACGUCAAUCCUAUAGUCGACAGAAUCAUGGAGGACGACUCCGUUGAAGGGGUCAUCAUGACUAAUAAAGAAGGAGUGCCAGUGCUAACAAACAUGAACGUGGUCGGCGCCACCCACUACGGCUUAGCGAUGCGACGCCUCGGCUACAUGGCACACCUCAGCGUCACAGAAAUUGACCCAUUCGAUGAAGUGUUAGUUUUAAGAAUAAAAACGAAGAAAUUGGAAAUGAUGGUAGUGCCUUAUUCAGAAUGCAACAUCGUUGUAAUGCAACACGCGAGGGCCAAUAAGAAAAUGCCGAAUCGUACAAAACAAAACGAAAAAAAGACAAAAUGAUUAUAGAAACUAUUUUUAGGUGUCUAUGUAAUUACUAAUUUUGUAUUAACUUUAUUUUAAAAAUAAUCAAUAAACAAACCAGUUUAAAUUAU